UUUUUUUUUUUUGAGUAAGGUAACCCCACUGCCGUAACUUUCGACACGCCCAGCACUCCUUCCUGCUGCAGAGUCUGGUGCUUGACACCAUGACGACAGAAUAAGCGACAGAAUAAUGUAGUAAUUGUGUAAAAAUAUAAAAAUAAUGUAUAUUACAUUAUUGCAACAGAGUGUCCACCAUGUGCUGACUCAUUCCUCACGCCAUGUCGAUGCUGAAGUGAAACUCGCGGGUUUUGUCGCAAUACACACAAGAAGCCCAGAAGAAACACGCGCUGACAGAGCGGUGAGAUAUGAAUGCGUGUAAUUCUAAAAAGUCGAUAAUUACAGGCUAAUAAUUAAAGUUUGACGACCUGAUUCGACAGGCACAUAGCUUUGUUUACGGCUGUCUGAUUAAUCGCGAUUCUCUUUUAUUUGAGAGACAUAAUGCCAGCCACUUCUGAAGAGCAGCAGUGCCUCUAAAAUGAGUUUCUAUGAGACGAGAAAUGGAGUUGUUCCUGCUCAGACCAAAAGGGCAGGAACUCCAGAACCCAGCUGUGUAUCUAUGAAGAGUGACAUAUCUAUGGGCAUGCCACCUGAAUUCAGCGGUAAAGCAGUAAAAACUGACCCAGGAUCUCUAGAACCUAGCUGUGUGUCUAUGAAGAGUGAUGUAUCCAUGGGCAUGCCACCUGAAUUCAGCGGUAAAGCAGUAAAAACUGACCCAGGAUCUCUAGAAUCUAGCUGUGUGUCUAUGAAGAGUGAUGUAUCCAUGGGCAUGCCACCUGAAUUCAGCGGUAAAGCAGUAAAAACUGACCCGGAAUCUCUAGAACCUAGCUGUGUGUCUAUGAAGAGUGAUGUAUCCAUGGGCAUGCCACCUGAAUUCAGCGGUAAAGCAGUAAAAACUGACCCAGGAUCUCUAGAAUCUAGCUGUGUGUCUAUGAAGAGUGAUGUAUCCAUGGGCAUGCCACCUGAAUUCAGUGGUGAAGCAGUAAAAUCUGACCCAGGAUCUCCAAAACCCAGCUAUGUGUCUAUGAAGAGUGAUGUAUCCAUGGGCAUGCCACCUGAAUUUAGUGGUGAAGCAGUGAACUCUGACCCCAGAUCUCUCUACAGGUGUUUGUUCCAGGUUUUUUCCAAAUGUGGAAUGUGUAAGCAGGUUCUGAGAGAUCCAGUCUCAAUUACAUGCAAACAUAGUUUCUGCAGACAGUGUAUCAAUUGCUACUGGGAUAAGUUCAGUCAAAGAGAAGACUUUGACUGCCCUCAAUGCAAGAAGAGAUUUAGAACACGUCCUGUUCUACAAAUGGAUAAAGUCUCAGGAGGACCCAGUUCUGCACUCUGUUACACAAACCUGCAGCAGGAUUCUCUGUUGCAUGAUGUCCUGCAGAGAGUCAAAGGGAGACACAAAACCAGUAUGAGGACCAAGUAUGAGAGCUUAUUUGAGGGAAUCAAACUACAGGAGAAUCAAACACUCCUGAACAGGAUCUACACACAGCUCUAUAUCAUAGAGGGAGAAAGUGAAGGGGUGAAUGAGGAACAUGAAGUUUUACAGAUGGAGAAAACACCCAGAACACAACAUUCACAAGACACUCAAAUCCACUGCAAUGACAUCUUUAAAUCCUUACCUGAACAAGGAUGUGAGGAGAAGAGAAGAAAGAUGGAUGACAAAAUAAAGACUGUUCUUACUAAAGGAGUAGCUGGAAUUGGAAAAACUGUCUCUGUGCAGAAGUUCAUUCUGGACUGGGCAGAGGGAAAAGCCAAUCAGGAUGUAGAUUUCAUGUUUGUGCUUCCAUUUCGAGAGUUGAACUUGAUUAAAGAUGAUCAGUACAGUAUUCACAAACUGCUGCUUGACUUUCUUCCUGAGCUUCAAGAUCUGGACGCAAAGAUGUAUGAUGAAUGUAAAGUUGUGUUCAUCUUCGAUGGUCUGGAUGAAAGCCAAAUUACACUGAGGUUUUUAGACAGUGAGAUGGUUUCUGAUAUAAAUACGUCUUCGUCAGUUGGUGUAUUGAUGUCAAACAUCAUCAGAGGAGAUCUGCUUCCUUCUGCUCUCAUCUGGAUCACCUCCAGACCAGCAGCAGCCAAUCAGAUACCUUCAAAAUACAUCAACCGAGUGACUGAAAUUCAGGGAUUCAGUGACCCUCAGAAGGAGGAAUAUUUUAGGAAGAGGAUCAGCGAUCAGCAUCAGGCCAGCAGAAUCAUCUCACACAUCAGAAGAUCAAGAAGCCUCCACAUCAUGUGCCACAUACCAGUCUUCUGCUGGAUCUCAUCUACUGUGCUUCAGAACAUCGUGGAACAAGAUGACAGUGCAGAAAUCCCUCAAACUCUGACUGAAAUGUACAUCCACUUUCUGCGCAUUCAGAUAAGCAUAAGGAAUCAGAAGUAUGAUGAGAGAGAUCCAGGAGAACUCCUGCAGUUCAACAGAGAUGUGAUUUUGAAACUUGCUGAACUGGCUUUCAAACAGCUGAAGAAAGGCAAUAUCUUGUUCUACGAGGAGGAUCUGAAAGAGUGCGACAUAGAUGUUAUUGACGCCUCUGUAUAUUCUGGGAUUUGCACUGAGAUAUUUAAGGAGGAAUCUGUGGUUCACCAAAGAAAAGUCUACUGCUUUAUACAUCUGAGCUUUCAGGAGUUUCUUGCUGCUAUUUAUGUGUUUUAUUGUUAUGUAAUUAACACUGUGGAGGUACUAAGGUUUUUUGAUUCCCUGCAUAAUUUGCUCAGAGGAGCAGUAGAUAAAGCCUUAGAAAGCGAGAAUGGACACUUGGAUCUUUUCCUCCGGUUCCUGCUGGGCAUUUCACUGGACUCCAAUCAGAAACUCUUACAGGGUCUACUGACCAACACUCACAGCUGCUCAGGGAGCAUUGAGAAAACAACUGCUUACAUUAAAGACAAAAUUAAACAUGGACAUAAUCUUUCAGCUGACAGAUCUAUCAAUCUUUUCCUUUGUCUCUUUGAAAUGAAAGAUCAGACUCUGUUCAGAGAGAUCCAGGAAUUUCUGAAAUCAGACAAACACUCAGAGAAGAAACUCUCUUCUGCACUUUGCUCAACAAUUGCCUACAUGUAUCAGAUGUCAGAAGAGGUGCUGGAAGAACUUGAUCCCAAGAAAUUUAAUACAUCAGAAGAAGGUAGAAGAAAACUCCUACCAGCAGUGAAGAACUGCAGAAAAGCUCUUCUUGCUGACUGCAAUCUUACGGAUAAAUCCUGUGAAAUUGUGGCCUCAGCUCUACAAUCAUCAAGCUCCGUCCUGAGAGAGCUGGACCUGAGUAACAAUGACCUGUGGGAUUCAGGAGUGAAGCUUCUCUGUGAUGGACUGAAGAGUCCAAACUGUCAACUGGAGAAACUGAGAUUAUCUGGCUGUAUGGUGACAGAGGAAGGCUGUUAUUGUCUGGCCUCAGCUCUGAGUUCCAACCCCUCACACCUGAGAGAGCUGGAUCUCAGCUACAAUCACCCUGGACACUCCGGAGUAAAGAUGCUCUCUGAUCGACUGAACUAUCCAAACUGCAAACUGGAGAUACUCAAUUUUGACCAUGGAGAGUCCUUCAGAAUCACACCGGGACUGCGGAAAUAUGCCUGUGAUCUCACAUUAGAUCGAAACACAGUAAACACUCAUCUCAUUCUCUCUGAGAACAACAAAAAGGCAACAUAUUUAGAAGAGGAGCAGCCAUAUCCUGAUCAUCCAGAAAGAUUUGAGCAUUAUGAGCAGGUUCUGUGUAGCGAGAGCCUGACUGGACGCUGUUACUGGGAGGCUGAAUGGAGUGGCUGGAGUCAUAUAGCAGUCACAUAUCGAGGUAUCAACAGGAAAGGAGGGAGCGACUGCAGGUUUGGACUGAAUGAAAAGUCCUGGAGUCUGGUCUGCUCUGGUAAAAAUUACUAUGCCAGGCAUAAUAAUGCAAGAACAGACAUUCCUGCACCCUCAUCAUGUUCUAACAUGGGUUCUAACAUAAUAGGAGUGUAUCUAGAUCAGCCAGCUGGCUCGCUGUCUUUUUACAGUGUUUCCUCUGAAACUGGCAAAAUGAUCCACAUUUAUACUUUCCACUCCACAUUUACUGAGCCCCUCUAUGCGGGGUUUGGUGUUGGAGUUGACAGUGAAUCUUCAGUGUGUCUGUGUUAAAUACAGAAGCUGUAAAGCAGGUUUGUCAAACACUCAAACUAUGGGUCUGUGCUAAAAUAUGCUUUAUUUAUUUAUUUAUUUAUUUAUUUAUGCAUUUAUUUAUGCAUUUAUUUAUUAUGUUAGUGUGAUAUGUCUCUCAGUUACGUAUGAUUGUUAUAUUUUUAGCUGUAAUUAACGAUAUGUAAAUAAAAACUUAAAGCUUGUAUUUCUGUUUUGCAUAAUGGGUGAUCCUGACAGUAAGAUAUUUAAAUUGUUUUCUAAAUGCACGUCAAACAGAGGGAGCAGUUAGCAUUAUCAUUUUAACUAUUUGUUGUCAGAGGUUACACGUAGACUAGUUAUAUUAACUGCAAUACUACUGUAAGAAAAGAAGUGUUUUAAAAUUACAGAGAAAAGAAAUGGCAUUGUAGCAUAUUAUUAUGAUCAGUUAAGUGAUUGUGUGUUCCUGCAGAACAUUCCACCUCUUACUCUUAAAACACAUUUGUUUUAUUUUAGGAAAUUAUACGGUCAUAUGAAAUAAAAUGUUACAGUCAUGAAUAAGGAAACAUGAAUGUAAAAUUAAAGCUUCAAUAUGUAAAAUGAAAUGCAGCAUCUAA